AUGUCGCAUAUUGAUGUUGAAUGCGUCGAAAAACAAGUUGGCGAAUUGAAGCUUCGCUCACGAGUGUUAUUGCCUGGCAAAACGUCUCCUGGACAGCGGUGUGAGGGUAGGAUUCGAGUGCAGACAAAUGUUUUUGGCAUUAAACCGCUGGAAGAUGUCCCAUUCUUUCGUUAUGAUUUCCGGGUCUUGGAGGAAUAUCCUUCAAAAAAACAGGAUGAACCCGUGUUUAAGGAAGUAACCAAGCAAACACGGAAUGAUUAUGUAUCAAUCGAAAGGAAGAAUAAGUGUGUUGCUGUUUACCUAAUGGUCAUGCAUCAGGAGGCGAAUUUCUUCGGUGAUAUAGGAGCAUUUGUAUAUGAUCGAGCGUCAACUCUCUACUCUUUGGAUAAAUUGAAAUUGGCCGAUGGAGAAGUCAAAUCGUUUACUGUUGUUGCAAGAAGUCUGCCUAAAGACUUGUUUUCAGAAGACUGCCUUAGAGUUAUCGUUAAAGUCAAGCAGUGCGCCCAGGAGUUCCAAUUGUCAUCUAUGGACCUAAAAUCUGGAUUUAAUUUGAAUCCUGACCUUGUCAGCCGAAGCUUACAGCAGUUUUAUGAGCUGCUGCUAUCACAAGAUGCAUUUUUUACUGAGGGUCGCUUUGUUUGCUACGGAUCUGGAGAAAAUUACUUGUACAAUCCUUUAGAUUUUGGCUUUAGCGCUCAGGAAACCCCUGGAUUGCCGGAUGGUAAAUACAUCGGAGUCGGAGCGAUCAAAGGAGUAAAGAUUGUGGAAGGGUCACAGGACCGCCCGACACUGUCAUUUAGUGUGGAUGUGAAAAAGGCAGCCUUUCACAUAGAAUUGCAGUCGAUCGCAGAAAAAGUAUCAGAUAUUUGUAACUGCCCAGUUGGAGUGCGGCUUGAUGAUCGCCAUGUGAAGAUGUUGUCAAAAAUGUUGAAAGGUCUAUAUGUACGUUGCAACUACGGCAAAAGACGGACCUUUAUUAUCUCUGGAAUCUCAGAACAGUCUGUUGACAGUUUCAAGCUUGAGAAAGACGGCAAAAUGAUUGGUAUGGCUCGCUAUUUCAUGGAUAAAUAUAAAAUUGCUUUAAAAUUUGGGAAGCUCCCACUGGUUGUGGAGAAAACUUCAAGAGGAACCCACUAUUACCCUAUGGAGCUACUUUUUGUCUGUGAAAACCAACGCGUCAAUCUUUCUCAACAGUCGUCAAGACAAGUUCAACAGAUGAUUAGGGCCUGUGCCACUGUCCCAAGUAUGAGGAAACGGCAGAUGUUGGAUAUGGUUAGCGCAUUGAAUCUCGAUCAAGGCGGUAGGAAAAAUCGGUGGUGCAGAGAGUUUCAGGUUCAUUUAGCGGAGCGGACUUAUGAGCUAGAAGCUCGUGUUCUGCAAAAACCUACAAUAGUUUAUGGAGGUGACGGAAGAGUUGAAAUGAAGGAGUCGGGUGCUUGGACUAUUACGCAGAAUACGGCUUAUCUACUGCCAUCUGUUUGUGAAAGGUGGAUCAUAAUUGCCUUAGUCAGUGCGAGUGACAGAUUCAGUAGAAAUGACUUAGAAAACUAUACUGCCUUGUUUCUGGAACGAUGCCGAAGCCGCGGAAUUUCGAUCAGAAAACCGAUGGAGGUGAUUCAUAUCCCGAGAGCCAGAGAACAAGACGUAGAUAUUGCUUUCAAAAACGCCGAAAAGAUGAGUGCAAGAUUUAUUCACUUCGUUACUUCAGAGAACCUGAAGUACCAUGAAAAGAUCAAGUUUUUGGAAAGUCAGUACCAGAUACUGACCCAGGAUCUUAUGACAAAGAAUGCGGCAGUCAUAAGGAAAAGACCUCAAACACUAGACAAUAUCGUCCAUAAGACUAACUUGAAACUAGGCGGCAUUAAUUUUGACCUUCAUCUCGAAUCGGAAGAGGCGCAGAAAUGGAUCGGGCGAAAAGAUCGUUUAAUUAUUGGGAUGGAUCUUACGUUUACCGGUGUGCCUUCGAAGGAUAAGUCUUCAAAGUCACCUUCUGUAAUUGGGUAUGCCAUGAAUUGUCAUGCUCAUCCGCUGGAUUUUACUGGAGGGUAUCGGUUUUGUUGGACUAUUAAUGAGGAGGUUACUUUUGAACUUUUUGCACAUUUAUGUCCAGGGGAUAAAACUUUUUGUGACAUCGUCAGUGAGUCCUUGCAACUAGCCAAGAAAAACAGAAGAGUGCCAGUGCAUUUGGUGAUCUUACGCGACGGUGUUUCUGAGGGGCAGUAUAAAUAUGCCAUUGAAAAGGAAGUGCAGGAUGUGAAGGAUGCUUGUGCCCGUGUUGGCGGUGCAAAGUACAAGCCUUAUAUCACAUUUGUCUUAGCCACCAAAAGGCAUCAAGUUCGCAUAUAUCGCAGCAAAAUUGAUCCUAGUCGUCGUGCCGUGGAUCAAAACAUUCCACCAGGGACAGUUGUGGACACGGAAGUUGUCAACCCUGUGUACAACGAGUUUUAUUUGAACUCCCAUGCGGCCAUACAGGGAACGGCAAAGACUCCCCGGUACAAUGUCCUGUAUGACAAUUCAAGCAUGUCAUCUGAUGAAGUACAAGGCAUGGUUUACGCGCUGACCUUCAACAUGCAAAUUGUGAACCAGCCUUGUUCGCUUCCUGCACCUCUUAUUAUAGCGGACCAGAUGGCCGCCCGUGGCCGUAGCAACUUCAUAGCUUUCUGCGGUCGUUCUUCCAGUAGUGUUGGCAGUUUGGACCUUGACCAUAUUAAUUCAGAGCUGGGAUAUAUGGGGAAGGAACUGUCCAAUUAUCGGUUUAAUGCUUGA